AUGGCGCUGCUGCGUGUGGUACAGCAAGGAGGAGACGAUGUUACGGGGAUCGGAGCAGACGCUGCCGGUGGCGCCGAGCCGACUCCACCCGCCACCGCCUUCUCAGAGGUCGGUGAUACCAAACCCGACGUUGCCGCGGCGGCAGUGGUGGGGGUGGUGCCGGCGGCAGCAGCGACAUAUCCGAAGCCUCUCCGGGUUAAAGCUGACGGCGAUGGGGACGACGACUUCUACAGCGGUACGGAUAGCGACGAUCCCUCGGCAAUCCUCUCCCCGACGACGGCGGCGCGCAUGCGAUGCCCGGUCGAGGUAAAGGCGAGCCGCGCGGGGCGUUCCGCCACGGCAAACACUCGGGGGGUGGGGCGGGCGGGGGCAGCGGCAGCGGCGGCGGCGGCGGGGCAGGCUGGCCUGGGCGUGUUCUGCAAGGCCGGGCUUAAGGUGGGAGACGUGGUGUUCGAAGAGGAGGCGUUGCUGAGGGUUUCCAAGGAGGAGGUGGGACGGCGGCCAUGGGAAGUGGUCGCGGCCUUAGAGUUCUUGAGCAAGAGCUGCGGGGUGUCGGCGAUGGACCUGCUGCAAGUGGUAGCCUUUGAAGGCGCCCCUCCCUCCGUGCAGGAGCGAGUGCUGCAGCUGAUACCUGGGGUCAGUAGCGUGACGGCCGGGGACCGGCGGUCGUUGCUGCUGAAGGUGCUGAUGAUCUGUGACGCGAACAUCUUCGGAGAGGGAGCUAACGAAGGCGAAGAACGGACCUCGGUCACUGUUCUGGCUGGGUUGCAGGAUAAACCACAGCUGCCUUCCGAACUGCAGGCGACUACCACGUGCAUGACGGGAGGAUGGUGGUGACAGCGAUCGCGGACGUGGAGCCGGGGGAGGAACUGCUGGUGUCCUACCUCGCUUUCGAUCACGUCGCGAGGCCUACUCCAGAGCGACGCCUGCAUCUCCUGGAAACCAAGUUUUUCGAGUGCCACUGCAGCCGCUGCGACGCCGAGUAUGACAUCUGGCGGGGCUUCCGCUGCCCCCGCUGCCACCAAGGAGCCGUCCACCCGUCGAACGGCAACAACGACUGCCCGAGACCACCCCAAGAGCAAGAACAGCAGUCACAGCAACUGCAGCCGCGGCAACCACAGCCGCAGGAGCAGCAGCAGCAGAAGCAGCAGCAGAAGCAGCAGCAGCAACAGCAGCAGAAGCAACGAUUCUCCUCGUCGCCUUCCUGUUCCCGUCCUGGUCCUUCGCCCCCUUCCGGUGUUGGCGGAAAUUGCGGCCCCCCCACCCCCCCCGCCCCCCUGGCCCGGCCGGGCGUUUCGGCUUGCGCGGCCUGCGGGCUUGCGCCUACCGCGGCUUGGCUAGAGUCGGUGGAGGUGAUAGAGAAAGAGCUGGACCGUUGGCUGCACGGGGCUUGCGAGCCGAUGACGGCGGCGGCGCUACUGAGGCCCUUGCAGCAGGCGUUGUGCGUGGGGGUAUACCUCUUCGCGGACCACCACUUGAUGUGCUCGCUUCAUCGGGAGAUGGCGGCUGUUCUCCUUGAACUUUCCGACACAGGCGUGUUUCGAGGGGCCGAGGCCGCGUACCACUUGCACCAGCUAUUUGUGGGCUAUGACAGCAUGUUCGGAAGGCCUUGCGUGGAUGCGGCCAUAGAGUGCGAGCAACUGGCACACACCCUCUGGCAAACAGCUAUCCACCUAGAGCAAGAGGCAACAGCAGCAGCGCGUCACGGCAGAAGAACCCCCAAAACGCUGUCGGCUGGCGAACGCUGCCGGACGUACGCGGGCCUCGUCCUGACCCCACCUUCCCGC